AUGCAUCCGAGGGGCAGGUUUGCUCCGCAUUCUCCUUGCUUGGCUAAACCUCAGGCCUUCUGCCAGCGUCAUCCCCCUGGACUGGCUCGUCAGGGUGGCAUGGCUUUCUGUGGCGUGUUCGGUGUGUUCCUCUGUUUGGAAAGCGGAAGCUCUCAGUGGCGUAUGGCUAAGAAGUGCCUUGGGGGAUUCACGGCCAAAAGUUCGGCUAUUCUGGCUCUCUUGUUAGCUGGCUAUCUAGCACAGCAGUAUUUACCGAUGCCUACACCGAAAGUAAUUGGGAUUGACCUUGGCACGACUUACUGCUCGGUUGGUGUCUUUCUUCCUGGAACAGGGCAGGUGAAGGUUAUUGCAGAUGAAAAUGGGCACAACAGCAUACCAAGUAUAGUCUCUUUCACAGACAGAGAUGUGUAUGUAGGAUAUGAUGGCCUAGAACUAGCUGAUUCAAAUCCUCAGAACACCAUAUAUGAUGCAAAAAGAUUCAUUGGGAAAGUCUUCACUUCAGAAGAACUGAAAAGUGAAAGUAGCAGGUAUCCCUUUAAGAUUUUCAACAACAAUGGAUCAGCCGAAUUUUCUGUGACAACUAAUGAAACCUUUCGUAUUACUCCAGAGCAUAUUGGCUCUCAACUGCUACUGAAAUUGAAGAGAAUGGCAGAAGACAAUCUUGGCAUGCCCAUUUCGAAGGCGGUCAUCUCUGUGCCAGCAGAGUUUGAUGAAAGGCAACGGAAUUCUACCAUUAAGGCAGCUAACCUUGCAGGGCUAGAAAUUCUGCGAGUAAUCAAUGAACCCACAGCUGCAGCUAUGGCUUAUGGACUCCACAAAGCUGAUGUGUUUAAUGUUCUGGUGGUGGAUUUGGGUGGAGGAACUUUGGAUGUGUCUCUGUUGAACAAGCAGGGAGGGAUGUUCCUCACACGAGCCAUGGCAGGUAACAACAAACUUGGAGGACAGGAUUUUAAUCAGAGGUUGAUGCUGUAUUUAUAUGAUCAGCUUCAUCAAAUGUAUGGUUCUCUGCCAACAAGAAAAGAAGAAAUACAUCGCCUCAGACAGGCUGUGGAAGCGGUUAAAUUAAAUCUGACUGUUCAUGAGGCAGCUACACUGAGGGUGUUGUUGACUAUGCCAGAAAGGAAGCUUACAAAAGAAAUUCCAGAAGGUGAGGUAAAAACCACUGUGCUAAAAGGCAAGCCUUCACAAAAAAAAGAUCUGAAAGAUCUUGGAGACACUUCAAAAGUAGAGAACAACUUUGUUAAAGUUGUGUUUGAAACAGAAAUCUCUAGGAAGCUAUUUGAGAUGUUAAAUGAGGACCUUUUUGAGAAGAUUCUUGUGCCCAUUGAACAAGUGUUGAAGGAAGGCCACCUACACAAAGCAGAAGUGGAUGAAAUUGUGUUAGUUGGAGGCUCCACCCGGAUUCCUCAAGUACGGAAAGUUAUUCAGGAUUUCUUUGGAAAGGAACCUAACAUCUCUGUAGAUCCUGAUCUAGCAGUUGUAAUGGGCGUAGCUAUCCAAGCAGGAAUUGUUGGUGGGUCUUGGCCUCUUCAAGUCAGUGCUAUAGAAAUUCCUAAUAAGCAUUUACGGAAGACUAACUUUAACUGAAAAGAAACUCUUCCCCAUUGCAUUCCAUCUCUCCAAAAGUGUACUCUGAUGGUGCAUACUUAUCUGACUGGCAGUGGAGCCUAAUCUUAGCUGUAUUACCUUCAUUUUU